GUAGGUCAAAGUGACCUCCAGUGGACUGUGAAUAAGAUGGGAACUUAAUUUUGGAUAUUUUUGGUUUAAGGGGGAUUUUGUCUACUUCAAAAAAUUGUUAAAGGGGUGGGGGAGAGAGAGUUGUCCUACUUGUUAUUUUCACAAGGGGGAUUUUGUCCUCCUUGGUAAUUUCACAGGGGGGAUUUUGUCCUCCUUGAUAAUUUCACAGGGGGGAUUUUGUCCGGGUAUAUUAAAAAUAGCAGGGGGGAUUUUGUCCAGGGGGGAUUUUGUCCGUUUCCCAACUUAAUCCCAUACAUUUAUCAUAAAAACUACAGUUAGAAGAAAAGACUAACUUAUUUCACUUCUUCAUUUUUAUAUGUGUAUCUUCUUUCAUGUACCUCAUAUAGUGUGUCAAGGCAUUUUGUUUUCCCCAAUUUAUACUAUAUCAAUUAUUAAAACAUAUUUUAUAUUUAAACUAUAUUUAUAAGUGUGACAGAGACAGCAAAGUCCUAAAUUUAUUGAAAAACUUCUGUUUGUUUGAAUGUUAAAAAUGGCUUAUGGCAAAGAGGAUUUUAUAGACUUCAGUGAUCUAGAUUAAGAUGAUUUGCUUGGUGAAUACACUUGUAGUGAAGUUGAAAAUUCUGAUGAUAAUGAUAAUGUAACGGAACCGAAUCCGAACUCUACAGUUAAACCAAAGAAUGUCGCAAAUAAGAUUUAUCAGUGCGACAACUGUGACAAAAAGUAUGCAUCCAUAUCGGGGCUAAGAGGUCACCUGCGGACGAAGCACGGGAUUUCAAAUGUCAGAGUUUCUGAAUACAGACACGGAAACAAGACAAAAAGUGAGCAACAACCAUUUGGUUUUGAUGAAUCUUACUUCAGGGUUUUUUUUUAAAAUUCAUUUACACAGUGUCUCGAUUCCAUGCAAAGUAACUCCCUCAGAAAGAAAGCUGCAUCAGGGCCUGGUAAAUUAAUUGUUGACAUCUCAAAGAAAGUAUCACUAGACUCUGACAUGAAAACAAUUAUAGAACAUAAACUGUGUCCAUAUUUCUUUCAAGUUUUUGAAAAUGCAAAUUCAAGUGAUGGCAACACAAAUGAAAAUCUCUACUCCAGUUUCUACAAGUUAACAGAAGAUACAAAAUUGAGCACUGAAAUUCAGGAUGUUCUAAAGAGAACUAGUGGUGAAAAUUUUAGACCUUUUGUUGGUGUUCUCCUACACUCUCUUAUGCGCUCUCUGAUUAAAAACCGGGCAGAACUUUUUGAACGAAGAAAAGAUGAAAACGUUAAACCGCUAGACAACAACGACCAGCUUGUAAUUUUUUACAUCAGUGGGUACAUCAUUCACACUCUAACAAGAAAGUGUUUGAAAGCAAAUUCAAAGUCAGUGAAACUGCAGGCCUUACAGGAAGCCAUGAGGCUCUUGUUAAAAAAUGAAAGUGACAGUGAAAAAACAUUUGUGAACAAAUAUUCCGAAUGGACAUACAAGACAAAUCGUGGUGGCCUGAAAAUACCUAGCGACAGUUUCUUCCUUCUUAUUCGUGAGUGCGAAAUGUGUUGUCGUGACGAGAUUGACGAAAAAAAUUUACACAAGGAUUCUCUGAACAGAACUAUUCUGUGUGAAAAGAUAAUGGAUCGAUUCAUGGUAAAGCAUUAUGCUGAUAAACUGUUCAAUGGCGAGUUUGCUAGCUUUAUGUUAGAGUCCUGUAUAAAACUGUUCGUUACAGUACGCGGGCAUGCAUGGGCCAGGAAAAGGAAGAGUGAAGAUAAGAAUCAGGGGAAUUCCAACAAUAAAGCACUGCGCAAAUCCCUCAUGGAAUAUACUAAAACCUAGGUCAACUGCAUUGGUAAAUAAAGUAAAAUAACGCCAAGUGUACUACAGGUUUAAAGCCCCAACUUUUACUACCCUGGCAGUAAGUUUUGUAGGAGGAGCCUAUCAAAUAACAACGCUACUCUAGGCUGUCUGUUAGCUAAAAAUAGCUCACUUUAAAUGAUUCACAGGCAAAUGUAAACAAUGGUCAGUUGAAGAAGAAAUUUGAACUAGUUUGCAUGUUUUGAUGGUAAAAAACUAUUCUUAUCCAUAUUGUGCAUCCAUAUCAGUAUCAAUCCUAUGAAAAAUUGAGUCAAGACUAGCAUUCCUGAUUUUUAAUCUUGUUUAUGUAAAUUUAACAAUGAAACUCAAAAUCAAACAUUCAUUUAACUAAAAUUCUGUCAUUGCUGGCUGGUCCAUUAAUUGAGAUAACCUAGCAAUAAAUGUUGAAAUAUUAAACUUUAAGUCUGGGAUGCAGAACAAUACACACAAAUUAGCAAGUGCUGCUGUGAUAAGGACUAAUAAAAAUGAUAAGCUAUUUGAAAUUAUAUUUAUCACUGUAUGUCUGUAAUUAGUAGUUCCCUAUUUCUUUAAAACAUUUUUUAUGAUAUGACAUAUAAAAAUAUAACUGUAGAAAUGACUAUGAUAUUCUAUUUGGUUUAAAAAUUCAAAAUUACAUCCUGGAGAAGUUUUGCAAUGCACUCUAGCUAGGUGUUAAUUCCAUUGAUACAUAUGAAGCCUUCUGACGAUCAGGUUUGUUGAUAAAAUUAACCACGUGGGAAUUGUUUACAUUCUCUGUUCCUCUAGGGUUCAUGACCUCAUUAGCUCCUCCCGGCAAAUUCAAAUUUUUGGCAGUUGGGUUUAAAUAAUUUUUUGAAACUAUACUUCAGCAUUUUUUGUUUUAAAAAAUAAAAACACCAAUUGAUAAAGAAUAUUUCAGUGUGUAUUUA